AUGAGGCCGGCGCGGCCCGCCUGGCGCCGGUUCGGGCCGGUUCGGGCCGGCUCGGGGGGCGGCGCGGGCUCCCCCCAGUGGCCGGGAAGCGAAAGGCCCCGGCGUCGACGGCGCCGAGCCCGCCCCCCGCGGCCGGCGAUUGGCCGACCGGGCUGUCCAUCAGCGGCCCCGCCGGGCCCACUUCCGGCCGCCCGGGCCCCAGGCGGCGGCGGCCAACGUGGAGCGGGAACAAAGGAGCGGCGCGCGGCCUCAGCCCGAGGGGCGCCUCACACGGACACAAGUCGGCGUGGCUCGAAGAGACGGAAAAAUUCAUCGCUGGAGCUUCGCUGGGGGAGGCGGGAGGGAAGCGGCCCCGCGGGACGGACGGACGGACGGACGAGGGACGGAAGGAGGCUGCAGACUAGCCGGUCCCCCGCGGGGGCGACGGCGACAACGGGGAGGGCGAAGGUCGUGAGGUUCGGUCCGGCCGGACGAGGAUCCCGACCCGCAGCAGCGCCCCGACCACCCGCCCCGCUCCCCCGCCGCCCACACACUGACUCCUCCCGCCGGGAGACACGGAGAACGUCAGCGCGUGCGCGCCGCCCCGCCCCUCUGCGCGGGCCCCUCCGCCAAUCAGCGCCCGGCGCGGACCCCUCCGCCAAUCAGAGCCCGGACUGGGACCCCGCCCCUCCCCUGGAGCGCGGUCCCUUCCGCCAAUCGGAGCCCGGACGGGGACCCCGCCCCUCCCCUGGAGCGCGGACCCCUCCGCCAAUCGGAGCCCGGAUGGGGACCCCGCCCUUUCCCCGAGCGCGGACCCUUCCGCCAAUCGGAGCCCGGCUGGGGGCCCCGCCCCUCCCCCGAGCGCGGACCCCUCCGCCAAUCAGAGCGCGGAAUCCGCGCCUUCCCGCCUUUCCCGCCCUCGGCUAG